GAGCUUCAGUUCAGUUCUGAACCCAUGUGCUGAGUGUUCCUCUCUCCGAGUGCCGCAAACAUCUUUCGCAGAUCAUCGAGCCGAGACGUCUAGAAACCAUUGGCAUUAAAUGCCUUACUACCACUACAGUGACCACAAUCUCCAUAUAAAUUCAACAAUCUAAUUGGCUUAAACCAGCUGAAAUUAACCGAAAGCUACAGAAUCCUGGGAAGCAUUUCCGUUAAGGCGAAAUACUCCCACCAAACCCCUAAAUCCCGGACUUUGAAUGCUGCUGGAGCAGAGCGUAAAAAUCAUCAACCUCGAACAGCAUUUCGCCGAGUGCUGGACCAAGCAAAGCUUUCUCAAAAACUUCAAGUUCUUCUCCUUGCUGACCACCAUCUCCACAGCCGCUGCUAAGAUGGCCGCCAUUCCCCAAGGUGCAUUCGCCGCCUGCAAGAUCCGUGAGCAAUUCAACGAGCGCGAGAUGAUCAUUGCCCGUCUGCGCUCCGCUGCCACCGAUAAGGGUUCCCUUGACAACGGCAAUAGCCUAACCCAACGCGAGUACUCACCGAACAAGUACAAUGACAAGCUGAUGAACUCCAUUUGGGGCUUGUACAAUCGCUAUUCGCCGCACAAUGUGAAGAAGAACGAGUACGCCCCCACCAAGUGAUGACCUAAAGGUGGCACGGCGGCUUCCCCCAGGUCCAGUUGUCGUGCCCCAUCCUGCCAGCAUCCUUUUGUUUAUAACAAAGGAUGCUGGCCAUAUAUACUCUAUAUAUACAUAUAUGUUAUACUCCAAGCAUUGUAAUCUCAUUAUACCCAAAGCGGCUUUGGUAACAAAUAUCAA